AAAAAUUAUUUUUUUUAAUGUCCGUAAAAUCACAGAUGGCAACAUAUCUUCAAGGACGAAGACAAGUCGAACCUAAUGAUGGAGAUAAUAGUCGAAGGGAAUAUGGAAAUAAUGUUACACUACCCGCUACGGGUAUUACUGACGAUGCAAGUGAAAGAACUCCUUUGAUUUCCCAUCCUGUUACUAUUGUAGAAGAUUUUGGAAAAUCUACUGUCAAACAAACUGUUUUUAAUUCUGUGAAUGCAUUGAUGGGAAUUGCUAUCUUGUCACUUCCGUUUGCGUUCAAAUAUGCAGGAUGGCUUUUUGGAGUUUCAAUAUUUUUAUUUUGCUUAAUUCAAACGAAUUAUACAGCAAAACUUAUUAAAAAGUGUCUGGAUACCGAUUCUGGGUGUCUUACCUACGCAGAUCUUGCAUAUUUGGCUUUCGGCAAAAAAGGAAGAUUGAUCAUGGGAGGCCUUUUCUUGUUGGAUUUGUUUAACGCAACUGUCGCUUUAAUGAUUCUUACUGGAGAUUCACUCCAAACUCUAUUUCCAAAUGUCGAUCUUGUGCGAUUGAAACUCAUUGCGUUUUUUAUAAUAACACCUACCACGUGGAUGCCUAUCCAUUUUUUGUCACACGUCUCAAUAUUCGGAAUAGCUGCUACAAUAUCAUUGGCAGUUGUUAUUCUGAUUGAUGGUUUUACUAAAUUUGACCCUCCAGGAAGUCUUCUUAAUCCAAUGGAAACACAUUUUCUUCCACCAAAUUGGAUGGUCUUGCCUUUAGCUUUUGGUCUUAUCAAUGCUGGGUUCACAGGCCACGCCGUUUUUCCUUCACUCUAUCGUGAUAUGGCAAAACCUGAAUCAUAUAAUUCUAUGGUCAACUACAGUUAUUUAAUUGCAAGCACUAUUUACAUUACUGUUGCAGCGAGCGGUUAUCUUAUGUUUGGAUCGGGAACAAUGGAAGAGAUCACAAUAAAUAUAAUGUCGACUCGUGGAUUUAACGUUCUUUUAAAUUCUAUUGUAAUUUGGAUGAUUGUUAUAAAUCCAUUAUCUAAAUAUCCUCUCAUGUUAACGCCCAUCAACAUUAGUAUUGAAGUCGUAUUUUUCAAGAUGGUUUCGAUUGGAUCAAAAUUUUCAAGAAAUGUUUAUACUAUAAUUUCCAGGACAUUUGUGAGUUUCUUAAUUUUAUAUACUUCAAUAAUAUUUCCAGAGUUUGAUCGUGCGAUGUCACUACUUGGAGCAUUCUUUUCUUUUCUAAUAUCAGCAAUAUUCCCAAUAUUAUGUUAUCUAAAAUUAUUUGGGCAUCAAUUAUCAAAUAAGACACUUGCAUUAAAUAUAAUGUUUUUAGUGAUAAGUACAAUAAUGGCAAUAAUUGGAACUAUUUGGACAUUUUUCCCUCGCGAAUGGCUGGAUGAUAAAGUUGAGUCCCACAUGAUUUAGAAUAUUAAUUUUUAUUUGAACAUUUUUCUUGAGCAAAUGGCUGGGCAAGUUUUUAUAUCUACUUAUGUGAAAAAAAAUUCCAAAAAAUCAUGACUGGGCAAGUUUUUUAUAUGUAAAAAAUUUUCAAAAAAUGUAUAUAAUUAUAGAAUUUGAAAAUUUUUGAUCAAAAAGCUAAAUAAAGCAAGGACAUUAAUUU